CCGCAGCCCAAGCCAGAAUAUUUCUCGACGUUGGAUGCCCAUCUGCGACUUCGGCCUUGUUGCCAGGAGCCUCGAGAUAGCACUUUCGGACUCGGUUCAUGAGCUCCUCUCCCCCGCCCCUCCGCCUUUUGUCCCGCAUCACUCAGCAAGCUCCACGCAUCCGUCAUCAGAAACACCAAUUGCGGGCCCAUACCACCCCAUUGACUGCUUGUACAUUGUCAGCACCUUCCACCGGUACAAGAGCACCUUGCAGCAGUUUCUCCGCGCCCUUCCCCAGCAGUCAUCGCUCUCCACACCCCGCACGACUCUUCUCCAGUUCGCCCACCAUGUCCGACGCAGCUGUCGAGUCCGCCAAACGCGCCGCCGCGCAGCAGGCCGUAAAGGACCACUUCGACCCUACCGCGACCAACGUUGGCAUUGGCUCUGGCACCACCAUCGUCUACGUCGUCGAGGCCAUAAAACAAGUUUCCACGAACCCUGCCAUCCGCUUCAUCCCCACGGGAUACCAAUCACGCCAGGUCAUCGUGCAAGCGGGCCUGACGCCCGUAGCCUUCGACUCUCUUCCCGAAGACACAAUGUUCGACGUGGCCUUUGACGGCGCAGACGAAGUCGAUGCGGAGCUGAACUGCAUAAAGGGUGGCGGCGCGUGCUUGUUCCAGGAGAAGCUGGUUGCAGAGCGCGCAAAGAAGUUUGUCUGUGUUGCGGACUACCGCAAAAAGCAGGACCGCCUCCUCACGGUCUGGCCCACGAUACCCAUCGAAGUCGCUCCCAUCGCCGUCCCCACCGUCCUCAAGGGCCUGCGCACCCUCGGCUCCAACAACCCCAAGCUACGCACCACCUUGCUCGAGAAGUCCGGGCCCUUGAAAACAGACCAAGACUUCUUCAUCGUAGACGCGCCAUUCAAGACGCUGCUCUGCGAGUCGGACGUGAAAGCAGGCAAGGGCAAGGGCGACGGCAGCGACGGCACGUGGGAGGUCAACAAGCUGAGCGAGGCCGUCAAGGCGCUCACGGGUGUGCUGGAGGUCGGCAUAUUCUCCGGGCUGAACGGCCCAGAUGCCGAGAAGAUACGGUCGACAGACGGCGUCAGGACCGUCACCAGCGGGCAGAAGCCUGUGGCGGUAUACUUUGGGAUGCAGGACGGUACCGUGGAGGUUCGGACGGCGAAGUAGAGCUACCGCCUCCGGUUGCGGGGUGCAUGGGUUCACUAAUCUAGAUGUCGCGCUUAGGUACCGACCCGACUUGUUCGGGCGUGUUAUUAGACGCAUGUGAGAUCUUAUGCCAAUUUAUAUCUUCGGCGAGCUCUUAUCGUUUGUUUGAAGCUCGUAUCCAGAAUCCCGAGAGAAUUAUGGGCAGGCGGAGUGAUUGAAAAAGUAGGAGCUCAUGGGAAUGCGGAAGCAGUACACUGGCA